UCCUGGUAAAACAUGUCUAUAGCCUCUGUGGUCCGCCAUAACAGAAAAGAAGAAGAACAAUGCCUGUAGCCUCUGUUCUACUCUAUAGAGCUUCAGUUCAAUACGAAUGCAGGUGAUCUGAUAAAGCUCAUCUUCGAGCCCGAGCGGAUAUGUCAGGGUUCAGCGCAGAACUAAUCGACUAUCUGGAAGGUAGAAUAACCUUCGAAGAGUUUGACAGACGGAGAGACGAACGGAAAGCGGAGGACUCAGAGGAAUUUACAGAAGAUGAAAACAAACCUUCCACCUCGGCACAAACAAAAGCUACUAUUGAGGAUGGAGUCAGCCCAGGAGUACAGCAAGCCUUUGCUUCCAUUCUGGGGGAAACGGCAGCAGUGGCAUCUUCAGAAGAGGAGGACAGCUUGAGCUAUGUUGAUGACAAAGAUGAUAGGGAUUUCAAUGUGGAGGAAGAAGAGGAGGCGAAGGGAGUGACCAAAGAGAGAAAGAGGAGGCUGAGGCAAGGAGGCAAAAGAGGCCUGAAGAGCAAGUUAGAGGAGGAGGAGGAGGAGGACAUGACGGUGGGAGACGUGUUCAAGCUGGAGAUGGAGCUGAACCGAGAAAACAGAAGGUUGAUGAAGGGGCGUCGUCAUGGCAGCAAACUGCCUCAGGCUCUCAGGGGGCUGAUGGGAGAGGCCAACAUCCGUUACGCUCGGGGGGAGAAAGAGGAUGCCAUCUUGAUGUGCAUGGAGAUCAUAAGACAAUCUCCUCUGGCCUAUGAGCCAUUCUCCACUCUGGCCAUGAUAUAUGAGGACAAUGGAGAUGUGGACAAAGCGCUGCAGUUUGGGCUCAUCGCUGCCCACCUCAACCCUUCAGACUGUGAGGAGUGGAUCCGACUGGCCGACAUGUCUCUUGAGCAGGACAACGUCCGACAGGCCAUCAUCUGCUACACCAAAGCAAUCAAGUAUGAUCCCACCAAUGUCCGCUACCUGUGGGAACGCUCCAGCCUCCAGAUGCGCUUGGGGGAGCACAAGCAGUGCAUGGACGGCUACCGCAAGAUCCUGUCUCUGCUGCCUCAGGAGGAUGGGGAGCACUUCAUGCAGUUGUCCAAAGACAUGGCUAAGAAUUACUAUGAGAGCAAUGACCUGCCCUCAGCACUGAGUGUGAUAGAGGAAGGUCUGGCCCGACACCCUGGCUUGGUCAGCGAUGACUUCCUCAACAUGGCAGCUGAGCUCUACAUUUGCAACCGCCAGUACAAGAAGACCCUGCAGGUUCUGGUCAAAUUUGCAGACAUUGUGUUGAUUCGAGCAGAGUCCCCAUCAGAAAGCUCAGCUCUGUCUUUGAAGGACAUGGGGACAGAGGAGCAGCAGAAGGAAGGGGAAAAGGGCACAAAGUCAAACACUGUAGAGGACAACGAUGAAAUUCUGGAUGUUCAGGUUCCGGACAGUGUCCCAGUUGAUCUCAGGGCCAAGCUCAUUGUCUGCCUCAUACAGCUAAACGUUUUCACACCGUCUGAGGGCUUAGUGUCGACUUUGAUGGAGCAGAGUCCGGAGGAGAUUGGGGACCUGUACCUGGACGUGGCUGAAGCUUACUUGGAGCAGGGACGCUACACGUCUGCUCUGCCUUUGCUAUCGGCCCUCGUCGUCUCUGAGAAGUACGACCUAGCUGUGGUCUGGCUGCGGCACGCAGAGUGUCUUAAGGCUCUGGGCCACAUGAAGGAGGCAGCAGAGAGCUACACCAAGGUGGUGGAGAUGGCCCCGCUGCACCUGGAGGCCCGGCUGUCUCUUGCCACGGUGCAGCAGCAGCUGGGGCGGAUGGACUGUGCUCUGAAAGCGUUGGAGUCCAUGUACGAUAGUGACACGCUGGCCCAGGAUUCGUCCGCUGCACAGAAGGAAUUGAAGCUGCUGCUGCAUCGCUCCACACUGCUAAAGACGCAGGGUAAAAUGGAGGAUUAUCUGGACGCUAUGAUCACCAUGAUCUCCAUGCUUCUCAAGGUUGCUAUGCAACGGGCCAAGGUGUGUGUUCGUUCUGUAACUCUAGCAGGACAGAACCACCUGAAACUUGUGAAGAUUGAAGACAUGCUGCCAGAAAUCGCCGACCAUGAAAGUGCCUAUCUGGACAACAUGUGUAAAACCAACGUUUUAUCCAAAGAGGACUGGUGGCAGCUGUUGCUGAGCUGCCUGCUGGGGUUGUGUGACCUGCAGCGUUACGAGGAGGUGGAUCUCCUCGUGGAGUCGGCCAUGGAGUUCUACUCCUUCUAUGACAACAAGCCCAGGAGGAAGGAGCUGGAGUUCUUUGGCCUCUCUGCCACCGUCCUAAACCAAAACUAUUAUAAGGCAUACAACUACAUCAGAUUAAUGCUUAUAGAAAAUGUAGAUCUACCUCAGUUUUGGAACAUUUUUCAUCAGCUGACAAUAUCGUCCCAGCACCAGCGCCACCACCGCUUCUGUCUACGGCUGCUGUUAAAGCAUCCUGACAACCAUGCACUGUGUGUUCUCUGCGGACACAACGCCAUGGUGUCUGGAAGCUUCAAGCAUGCUCUGGGACAGUACGUUCAGGCUUUAAAAACCCACCCGGAAAACCCACUGCACAGCCUUUAUGUGGGUCUCACUUUUUUCCACAUGGCAUCCCAGAAGUAUGUAGCCAAACGUCAUGCUUUAGUACUGCAGGGAUUUUCCUUCUUGUGGCGAUACGUGGAGCUGCGUGGAGCGUGUCAGGAGAGCAUGUACAAUCUGGGCCGAGCACUGCACCAGAUGGGCCUUACACACUUGGCCAUACAUUAUUACCAAAAGGCGCUGUUGCUACCUGCAUGGAAACUGGAUGGAAUUUCAGGAGAUCAGGUUGAUUUGAGGAGAGAGAUUGCUUUUAACUUAUCACUCAUCUAUCAGGCCAGUGGGAACACGGAGAUGGCGCGGCAGCUCAUCAGAACUCAUUGCACUAUAUGAUGAGGUGCUAUUUCUAUAAAGCACUUUCAAAUGUGGGGAUUUCUGAUUUUACCUGCAGUGAAAAUGUUGAGACAACUUGUAUUAACAACAGUUUUAUUUUAAUUAUAAAACAACAGUACAGAGUUCCAAUAUUGUAAAUAAAAUAAAUGUAAUUUGUACUUUGUCAUUCCCAUGGCUACUUUAGAAUGUUCUCUUGUCAUUGAUUGGGACCCGUGGAACGAUUUUGUGCAGGCCUUGACCAUUGUUUCAGAAUGGUCAACAUUUGGUUUGUCAUCUCUCAUGUUGAUGCAGAUAGCAUGUAAAAGAAACUUUUACUGUGCAAUUUUCACAAAUGUAGGGCCAUGAUGCAACACAGUGUCUGCAUUGUGGUACACUAAUCAACACAUUGUUUUUAAAGGUUUUAUUGGCUUUAGUGACCUUUAUUUGAUAGUGAAUUGACAGGAUAAUGAGAGAAUGGGAAUGGGAAGAGGUGGGUCAAAGGUCACCAGGCCAAGAAUCGAACGUGCAACAACCGGGUCGAGGACUAAGGCCUCCUUAUGUGUGUUGUGUUUAACCCCUGCCACUACAGCACCCCACAGAAUUUUUUUAAUGAAUUUUUCAGACACAAACGGUUUGUCUGCUGUACCACCACAAAGAUGUGUACUGAUACUAUUUGAAGUCAUCAAGAAAAUCGUCACAGGUAGACUUUUGCAGUUUUCAAAAUAUUGAUAGAGGGAUUAAUGCCAGGCUUCUAGAUAAAACCAGUUGCUAUCAAUGCGAAUCUUUCAGUGUGCAGUGAUUCAGCUUUUUAGAGUCAUGAUUCAAUUCAGAAUAUAUUUUUGAUUCGGUAUGUAUUUUUAAUUCAGAAACAAUGUUUCCAUUCAAGCCUUCUAGAUAUUCUGUUUAAAUUAUGUGACUGGUGAGAUGAAAAGACUGUAAACAUAUAGAACAUUUAUUUUUAAAACAAUUCUAUUAGGUUUCAUACUGCAUCAAACUCCAAUAAGCUUAUAAUUACGCAAAAUUAGGUUUGAGCAAAAUUAAUUCUGUAACUAAGGCUGCUUUCACACUGCAGCCUGAAGUGACCUAAUUCCAAUUUUUUUUUCACUUAAUGCGACCUGUAUCUGAUCUUUUCAUGACAUUAUGGCGGUUGGCAAAACAUUGAGCAUGGCGUUCAAUGUUUUAGCUUCCUGUUUUUUUCUUAAAGAGGAAGUAAUAUGUGUUUUUCAGGCACAUUGUGCCAUUUUAUAGCUCAGUCAAGUAA